CAUCCCGAGCAGAACACAGCUCUCUCAGCCGAGAACCCAGAAGCGAACUGAAAUCGAGACCCAGCCGCAGCCGCAGCGUCAGAGAAGAGCAGGCCCAAAGAGAAGAGAGCCCCAAUAGAACAUAACUGUAACUGCUUGUGGCGGUGCGCUCUAUUCGGAAACGGCAAACAGGAAACCGAAUCCGACUCCUAAAUCGAAAUCUGCAAUAAAUUCGAAUCUUCAUCGAAAGUUCUAGAACUCUAGUGCGAAAAAAAAACUGAAAGUGAAAACGGAAAUUCUGUGAAAGUCUUCAAAGUGAAAGCUAGAGGAAAAUCGAACCGGAAAAUGCAGAAAAUGAAUUUAAGUUUGUGCGCCUUAGCGCUGCUGCUGUUCGGCAGCCUCUCGAGCGUCCAGAGCCGUGCCGUGGACAUUGUAGACGAUAGCAACGAUGUCGACAACUCCAUCGAGGCGGAGCCGGAGGAGAAGCCCCGAGGACGCCCCUUCGAGGCCGACUGGCUCAAGUUCACCAAAUCGCCGCCCGCCAAGCUGCAGCAGGCAGCCGGCGCCACCCUGGAGAUUGUCUGUGAGAUGAUGGGCUCCCAAGUGCCCAGCAUCCAGUGGGUGGUCGGCCACAUGCCGCUCUCUGAGAUUGAGAACCUCGAGUCGAAUGUGGUGUCCGAGGAUGCGGCCAGUGCCAUUGUCCGCGUGCGAUCUGUACACAUCAUCGAUCACAUGCUGAGCGAACCCCGCACCUACACCUGCGUGGGACGCACUGGCUCCAAGACCAUCUACGCCAGCACCGUGGUCCACCCAGUGCGCUCCGAUCUGGUUGAUAUGCGCAUGGUGCGCGAGAAGCAGUAUCCGGGCCCCCAGAAGCCGCGCAUCAUCUACACCGAGAAGACCCAUCUGGAUCUGAUUGGCUCCAGUGUGAUGCUGCCCUGCAAGGUGCACGCACGGCCCCGUGCCGAAGUCACUUGGUUGAACAACGAGAACAAGGAGGUUGUCCAGAGCCAUCGCUACAAGGUGCUGCCCACGGGCGAUCUGCUCAUCUCGGAGAUCAAGUGGGAGGAUAUGGGCAACUACAAGUGCAUUGCCCGCAACUCUGCUGGCCGCGACUCAGCCGACACCUUUGUUUAUCCUGUACUUGUAAGUAUCCUCUUCUCUACUAUUCUCUAUCUGUCUACUCGUACAUCCUGUAGGAUGUAG